GUAUGGUGGCUUAGAUUAAAAUGAACCAGAAACAGCAAAUUUCUUUCUUUUUUUUCUUAUUUUACCUAUUUUUUUUCGACAUGAGCAAGAAAUCAGAACUCGUUCCUCUCAACUUGAAGAUUGAAUCCAGUAAAGAAAUGUCUAUUAGCAACGCCACUUCUUUUCUUGACAAAUUCCUGCAUGACGGUGUUGCUAUUCAUGCUGCCAAUAACACAGUGGCUGCACAACUUCAUCAAUUACACCAAGAUUUUAUUCAAUCAAUGGAAUCGUUUCUUUUGAGCUCUACGCUUGGCCUUUAAACGUCUUGUACGCUAUCAAGAGACAUCAAUCUUAGGUCGUGCGAUGUAGUUUACCUUCUUUUUCCACUUUUCUCUCACUAAGACAAGGUCAAUAAAGCACAAGACAAGAUACAACUUACUGUUUAAAUUGAUAAAUCAACCAAAGGAUAAGAAGAAAAAAAGAAGAAGAGAACAAAACAUGCUUGUUUAUAUAGUUUAACAAAGGAUUGAUGUCAUGGUCAAAAAUAAAUCAUGCAUAUAAAAAAAAAGAACAUGUAAAAUUCACACAGAAGCCAAGUAAUCACAAACAAAGAACUUGUUUUGGUCUAUAUACACCCUUAAAAUGUAGAC